GUUGGCGGUGUUGGAGAUAGGUCGGGGAGACAGACUGAAAGGGAGGCGGUUGUACCUGGCCUCAGAGAGACUUCUCCACCCAGGUGAACUCCUCAUCCCUCAACUCCCCAACGGGCCGAGGCUCCAUGGCUGCCCCUUCGCUGCACCCGUCCCUGGGCCCUGGCCUCGGCUCCCCACUGGGCUCCCCCGGGCAGCUGCACUCACCCAUCAGCACCCUGAGCUCGCCCAUCAACGGCAUGGGCCCACCCUUCUCGGUCAUCAGCUCCCCCAUGGGCCCGCAUUCCAUGUCGGUGCCCACGACACCCACCCUGGGCUUCGGCACAGGCAGCCCCCAGCUCAACUCGCCCAUGAACCCCGUCAGCAGCAGCGAGGACAUCAAGCCCCCGCUGGGCCUCAAUGGCGUCCUCAAGGUCCCUGCCCACCCCUCAGGAAACAUGGCGUCCUUCACUAAGCACAUCUGUGCCAUCUGCGGAGACCGCUCCUCAGGCAAGCACUACGGGGUCUACAGCUGCGAGGGCUGCAAAGGGUUCUUCAAGAGGACCGUGCGCAAGGACCUGACCUACACCUGCCGGGACAACAAGGACUGCCUGAUCGACAAGCGCCAGCGGAACCGGUGCCAGUACUGCCGCUACCAGAAGUGCCUGGCCAUGGGCAUGAAGCGGGAAGCUGUGCAGGAGGAGCGGCAGCGGGGCAAGGACCGGAAUGAGAACGAGGUGGAGUCCACAAGCAGCGCCAAUGAAGACAUGCCCGUGGAGAAGAUUCUAGAAGCUGAGCUGGCCGUUGAGCCCAAGACCGAGACCUAUGUGGAGGCAAAUAUGGGGCUGAACCCCAGCUCGCCCAACGACCCUGUCACCAACAUCUGCCAAGCCGCAGACAAGCAGCUCUUCACCCUUGUGGAGUGGGCCAAGAGGGUCCCGCACUUCUCCGAGCUUCCUCUGGACGACCAGGUCAUCCUGCUGCGGGCAGGCUGGAACGAGCUGCUCAUUGCCUCCUUCUCGCACCGGUCCAUAACUGUGAAGGACGGGAUCCUCCUGGCCACCGGGUUGCACGUGCACCGCAACAGCGCCCACAGCGCAGGGGUGGGCGCCAUCUUUGACAGGGUGCUGACAGAGCUGGUAUCCAAAAUGCGGGACAUGCAGAUGGACAAGACGGAGCUGGGCUGCCUGCGCGCCAUCGUCCUCUUCAACCCUGACUCCAAGGGGCUCUCGAACCCAGCCGAGGUAGAAGCUCUGAGGGAAAAGGUCUACGCAUCUCUGGAGGCUUACUGCAAACACAAAUACCCGGAGCAGCCGGGCAGGUUCGCUAAGCUCCUGCUCCGCCUGCCAGCCCUGCGCUCCAUCGGACUCAAGUGCCUGGAGCACCUGUUCUUCUUCAAGCUCAUCGGGGACACGCCCAUCGACACCUUCCUCAUGGAAAUGCUGGAGGCCCCACACCAGAUGACCUAGGCCCACCAGCUGGCCCUUGUGCCACCCAGUCUGGUGCCCCGCCUGGACACAGCUGCCCUGCCCGGCUCCAGCCCUGUGCCUGCCCCACCCCCCUGCCUGGCCCGUGUGGACCUUUGGGUGCAGUGUGUCACUGCAGCUCGAGA